AUGACUCAAAUUUGGACGGGUUUUCUCCUUUGGCUUGCCAACCAUCCGAGGUGGGCCUACGGUCGAAGGCCUCCUUGGUGUUGGUCCCUCUUUUUCUGGCCUCUGGUCCUUCGCCUUCCUCUCACCAUCCACGCAACGACCUUCAAAGUUGGGGUGAUAGGUCCCUGGAAGUGUGACCCCAUCUACGCCCGAGCCUACCCCGACUCUGCGGCCAAGUUGGCUGUUAGCCGGAUCAACAAGGACCCCACUUUAAACAAGGGACACCGGUUUGAUUAUGUCGUCCUUAACGAAGACUGCCAGACCUCCAAGACCCUCGUGGGCCUGCUCAGUGCAGAAUAUUACGCCUCUGGUUUCGUCGGUCCGGUUAAUCCCACGGCCUGUCAGGUAGCGGGGAUGCUGGGCAAGACUUGGAACAAGCCCGUCGUCUCCUGGUCUUGCUUGUCGGAUGACGACGAGGUUGAGCGUUUUGGGACUUUCGUGCGGCCGUUGCCUCAGGCCUCCUUUGUGCUCUACACUGUACUUAAGUACUUCCAGUGGGCUCACCUGGCCAUCAUCACCUCUAAAGAAGACCUCUGGGUCCAAAUGGGGAAAGGCCUGGCCGAUUCGCUGAGGAACUUCGGCCUGCCCGUCACCGUCAUGGCCACCGUGGACGAUGAACCGAGUGGGGUGGAAGAUGCCCUUCAGAAGAUCAAGAAGGCCAACAAUGUACGAGCGGUCAUCAUGUGCAUGCACUCCGUCCUUUUGGGUGGGGUGGAGCAGCGCCUCCUCCUGGAGAAGGCCGAAGAGAUGGUGAUGACCCGAGGAAGCUACAUUUUCAUCCCCUACGAUGUCCUGACCUACAGCCUGCCCUACCAGGGGGAGAUCUACGCAGCGCUGGAGGACAACCUCAAGCUGCGCCGGGCGUACGAUGCCGUGCUCACCGUCACCAUUGACUCUCCAGAAUAUUCCUUCCGUCAGGCUUUUGAAGAGGCGCAGGAGAAGAAAGAGAUUCCGGGACAACUCGACGUGGAGCAGGCCCAUCCUUUGUUCGGCACCAUUUUUAACUCCAUCUACUUCCUGGCAAAGGCCGUGGAAAACACUCGGCUGUCCGGAAAGAGGGUGGUGGGAACAACCAUUGCUGAGCAUGCCAAGGACUUCGAGCUGGAAGGCUUUAGCCAGCCGGUGUCCGCCGACGAAAAGGGAGUCGCCGAAGUCCCAUACAUCGUCUUGGACACGGACGGAAGAGGCAGCCGUCUUCGCCCCGUGUACAAAGUAGACCUGUCUUCUGGCCUCCUGCGUUUCAUAGGACGGGCCGUCCACUGGCCUGACAAUACCAAGCCGGCUUCAGAUUCCAGUUGUUGGUUCAACCGUGGCAUCAUUUGUACCGGGGGUGUGGGUGGCGGCUUUGUUUUCUUCCUCUUCCUCCUUGUCCUUCUCUUGUUCUUGUGUGGAUCCGUUGUGGCUUACUAUCUUCGACGCCGCUUUCUGCAUGACCAGCUCUCUGAAGGACCCAACAAGAUUGUCCUCACCGCCGACGACCUGACCUUCAUCGACUUCCCAAGCAGUAUAAAGAAGUUGAAUGACAGUCCUGGAGGAAAUGGCUCGGAGAAGAAAAGUUUGAAAAAUGGGGCGGAGGAGGAAAAGAACGUAGCCGUGGUGGAGGGUGACUGGGUGUGGCUGAAGAGAUUUCCCGGACAAAGGAACCUCGAAGUCAAACCAAGCACCGAAAAAGUGUUUUGCCAGCUGCGGGACCUGAGGCAUGAAAACGUCAACCUGUUUGUGGGCUUCUUCCACGACGCUGGGAUCCUUGCUAUUGUCUCCGAGCACUGCCCGCGCGGGAGUCUCCAGGACCUUCUCCAGAACGAGGACAUGAAGCUGGACUGGAUGUUCAAGUCGUCCUUGCUGCUGGACCUAAUCAAGGGGAUGAAGUAUCUGCACCAUCAGAAAUUCCCCCACGGACGGCUCAAGUCUCGGAAUUGCGUGGUGGACGGCCGUUUCGUCCUGAAAAUCACGGAUCACAGAUACAACGAGUUGUUGGAAACUCAGAAGGUGGACCGAGAACCGAUGAAGCCUGAGGACCGUUUGUGGACCGCGCCAGAAAUAUUGAGGAAUCCAGCGCUGGAACGGAAAGGCAGCUUCUUGGGAGACAUUUACAGUAUUUCCAUCAUCAUUCAAGAAGUCAUAUGCCGCGAUGCGCCUUAUUGUAUGCUGGACCUGAGCCCCGAAGAGAUCAUCAAGAAGGUGGAGAAGCCCCCUCCCCUUUGCCGCCCCUCUGUCUCCAUCGACCAAGCGCCGGUGGAGUGCAUCCAACUGAUGAAGCAAUGCUGGAGCGAGCAACCGGAUAGGAGACCCAACAUCCAUCAAGUCUUCAGUCAGGUGACGUCAGCCCAGGAAUGGUGGCUAGAAGGGGAAGGAGUCGGAACGCAGACUAACAAGCAUUGGGAGGGACCUUAG